AGAGCUGCAACUGCGAACAUGUCGUCGUUUCGAUCAUCCGCUUUUCAUUCCCUACUUCGGAGCAGGACCUCGUUACUGCGUUCUCAGCAGAGAAGAUGGGCUCAGGUACAUGAUGUCCGCUUCCUUGCGACACACCAUGACCCCAAGCAGGUGCUGGAUAGAUACAAGUCGAAGCUCGACCAGAAAGCCAAGCAGGAGGGUCAUGAGGAUAUUGAAUCCCUGAAAGAUGCCUACAAGGAAAAGAUUCAAGACUUCCGCCGUCAAGCAUCCACCUCAAUCACUCCCGAGCCAUCGACGCCGUCUUCAUCCACCACCGGUCCCCCUCCCCCACCGACGCCACCUCCUUCCCCUCAAGCUCAAGCUGCGAUCAAGGCUACGACUUCUACUAAGUCAGGCGGCAUCAAAGGCCUCGACUCUUUCCUUGACGUCGAAAAGAUCCGCGGCCUUCCACCCAAGGAAAUCGAGGCCCUCUGGCGCCUUCGGCACGCGAACAACUCCCACUCCAUUUGUGCCUGUAUCCCGGUGGAGACAUAUCAGCGCAUUGUGGACGCUGCUCGUCAGAACCCUCAGUUUAUCCUGCCUUUGCCGCGCAAUGCGACGCAGUCCGAGCCAGCGGAGGGUGAGAACAGCGAGGCUGCCAACGGCGGAGCAGACAUCCAUUUCCUCCAAUGGGCCUUCCACCCGCCGGCCUCAGCGCCGUCCCCGUCCGCCACUCAUGCGUCUCUUGCCAACUCCCAUACUUCCACCAUCAUCUUCACGCAUCUUGCCGCCUACAAGCUGCAUGGCUCCUUUGCCCAGCCGCAUACCACCAUCACCCACCACCUUGAUCUCGCCGAUGACAAGGGACUCGUUCUCAUGCACGGCCAGGUGAUGCCAGACUCGGGGGUCUCUAUCAAUGAUGCCAGCUGGCUGGUCAGCUGUGUGCAGCGAUUCUAUGACUUUGGUGGACAAGCCAGUGGCCGGAAGGGAGAACUGUUGCGGAUGUUCACGCGGGGUGAUGUGCAAAAUUUCAAGAUUGAAGACCUGAUGGCCGAGGCGGAGAAGUUGUAGAUGAGCUCGUGAGAGGAUUCUGUGUACC